ACCGUCCUGGACUGUUCAGCCUUGUAAUACAGUGCAUUGCAGAGUACUCGAUGUCCUUGUAUUUUGUGUGUAGGCUGUGUUAAUGUGACUACGCCAGUUAAAUGCAUGACGUGUUGUCGGAAGAGGAGCAGGUCAAGUUCAGACGUGUCUACGGCGUUGGCUCAGCAAUGUACGCGCUUUAAACUUUACACCAACGCUAGUUUAUGAAAGUGUUUUCACAUUCAUCAUGUCGUUUAACGGCUGACUGACAUGUCGCACUGACGAGCCAGUCUCGGUUUCGAUAGCAUUUCAAGAGCAUGUCAAGCGAGCUUCCCGAGUUCAGACAUGGAGGAACCUGAAGCACACGCCGACACUAAAAACACAGAGAGCUGCUUUGACAAGACGUCCUCCGCUUUAACCGUUGACGAUGUGUACGAAAUUGCCAAACUGAUUGGUACCGAGGUGGAGAAACUAAUCGAUGGUUAUGGCAAAGAUAGCGUCGUGGGGCUGGUGCCGAAAAUAGUGAAAGUGCUGGAACUGCUGGAGAGUUUCGCCUCGAGGAACCAUGCUCACAAACUGAAGGAAGAGGAGCUGCUGAAGACCUUCGAGACGAUACAGCUGCAGCAGCAGAAGAAACGCGGUGGGAAAGAAAGCGAGGAGGGCAACGACAAAAAUGAAAUACGGCAGGAGCUGCAGCACAAGGAGCAGCAAUGGAGCAGGAGGUGUGAGGAGCUGCAGGUACAGGUGCAACAGCUCCAGGAGGACAAGGAGGAGCUGCAGAGUAGGCUAAAGGGCAGCCAUGCACAGGAAGACCGUGUCCAGCGGCAGGAGCGAGAGGUGAUGCUGAAGCUGAAACAGGUGGUGGACAAGCAGAGAGAUGAGCUGAGGGCUAAAGUCCAGGAGAUAACCACCAUCUCCAAAGAGGUGGAGGCGCUCCAGGAGCAGCUGGACCGCUUCAUGAAGAUGAAUGCAGAGCUGCGACACAAGCAGAAUGUUCUGCAGGCUCAGCUGAAGAGCACUGUGGAGAGGAAGGCCGACAUGGAAGCUGAUCUGAAGGAGAAAAGCAAAGAGAUAGAAAACCUCCAAGCACAGCUGGAUAGCGCCAAUAGCAACAGCCCUUCUAGUCCAAGUCAAACAGCUCGUGAGUCAACGAAAAAGACGACAGCUGACCAGAAGGAUCCUGAUCAGCCAUGCUUCACCAAGAAAGAGGUGCGUGACAUCAUUUUCGAGAGGAAUGAGCUCAAAACCAACCUGUUCCUGGUGCAGGAGGAGCUCAGCUACUAUCAGAGGGAGAUCCUGAAUGAGGAGCGGUGUCCAGGGUUCCUCUUAGAAGCUGUCCGCUCAGCCAUCAAGAAAAGGAGAAAGCUCAUUAAGGCAAAGAUGCUUGGAAUUUCUGUGAACGAAUGCAGAAGCAGUGACGAGGAGGAGAGUUCUUCUCUGUUUGAGCAGACAGAAGUAGAUGGCACACAAGUAGACGGCACUGAUAAACCAGCUGAGUCACGCAUUCGAAACCUCUUUGGCUUCCUGACGCGGUCAGGCAGUGGCCGGAGCCCCACCCACAUGAGUAACUCCGCUUCCAGCUGGGAGAUCAUCGGAGACUCAGAGGCCACUGAUGAGGCACAGCAGCGUCCGUCUUCCUGAGCCUGGUACUGACUGAGAUUUGCCGAGUUUGUCUUCAUUAUUUGAUCUGAAACAGACACAUCUCUCUCCUCGGUCACAACAUCUCCAUCAGCUCGUGGCAGAAAAUCUGGUUGUAGCCCAGUUAAAAGGUUAGGAGGUCGUUUUAAUGCACUGUGUAUAACAGAAAAGUACCAUGUGAGUGUGAAAAAAGAGAAUGUGUGAAUGUUUUUGAACAUUCAACCUAAGUUAAUUUCCCCCUUAUUUUUCCAUAGAACUGUGAGGAACACUGUUUAACGUCAGUAUAAAUGACGCAGUGUACCACAGUAUUAAGAGAGCUACUCACCUCAACAAAGAUGCUUCCUUUUUUAUGAUAUAAGUAUUAAUACAAAAAUUAUAUUUUUCUUCAUUGUAGGGAAAGUUUUACUGUAUGUAAUUUUUUGAAAAAUGGGGUUAUUAU